AUGUCACAAAUACCCCUAGUACCCCUCGCACUUGCGCUCCUCCUGAGUGGACACGGAUGGCGGAAAAAGUCGCUGUCGCCGAGCGGAGCCUCUACGGCGUUCGUCGUUGGAUUUCUGAUGAUGGCGGGAGGUAUACGCGUCUUUGGGGUUGCGCUGAUUGGUUUCUACCUGGUGGGAAGUAGAGCGACCAAGUAUGGGAAACAGAAGAAGGCCAAGCUGGAGGAUGGGUAUCACGAGGCAGGGUAUAGGACGGGCUGGCAGGUGCUGAGCAACAGCGUGUCGGCGUUGGUCGCUGCCUUCGUAUGGAAUGCGGCAUUCGCACCGACGAGUGUGCAUGCUGCGAUAGCGAGGUUGGUGGGGUUGGAUGUGAAGGAGUUGCUGUGGCUGCAGGACACGACAGAUUACUCACAAGAGCGAUGUCCGGUCUCUGCGGAGGUGGGCGAUGGAUGGAGUCGAACAUUAGUGCUUGCUGGCUUGGGCCACUUUGCGUGUUGUCUCGGGGAUACACUCGCGUCCGAGUUGGGCAUUCUGUCGCGUUCGCAGCCUCGUCUGAUCACAACGUUCCGAAAGGUGCCUCCUGGAACGAACGGCGGGGUGUCGGCAUGGGGGACAUUUGUGUCCGUCGUUGGAGGGGCUAUAGUGGGCUUCCUGGUUGGGCUGACGCUGAUCCUGGAGAACGCGAAGUGCCUCGCAGGGUGGAGCGAUGUGCUGCUGUCUUGCUUAGGGUUGGGGGCCUUCGGGGGAGGAUUCGGGAGUUUCGUCGACUCGGUCCUUGGCGCCACUGUCCAGCAAACGAGAUAUUCGAAGAGCAAGCAUGUUAUCCUGCAGGACGAGAGCAAGAGCAACGGGGCCGUCGAGGUCAUCAGCGGUCUCAACAUCCUUACCAACAACCAGGUGAAUCUCGUGUCGAGCGUGAUUUGUGCGGGCGUGAGAUUUACCCUUCGGAAGCAGUUCAGUUUUCUUACCUCCUCCCUUCACCCUCCCUCGACCAUGGCCGACGAAAAGCGCGACGUACACAACCCCCUCCUCUUCGAGUGCGCAUGGGAGGUCGCCAACAAGGUCGGCGGAAUAUAUACCGUCAUCAAGACGAAGGUCCCCGUCACUGUCUCCGAGUAUGGCGAUAGAUACUGUCUCAUUGGGCCGCUGUCCUACAAGACCGCCCCCAUGGAAGUCGAAGCAGAGGAGCCCACCGACGAGCACCUCGCGGCUACCCUUGAUUCUAUGCGUGCCCAGGGCAUAAAGGUUCUCUACGGCCGCUGGCUUAUCGAGGGCAACCCGCACGUUCUGCUAUUCGACACCGGCAGCGCCUACUCCCGCCUCGACGAGUGGAAGGGCGAUUUGUGGAACCUCGCGGGCAUCCCAAGUCCCCCCAACGACCAGGAAACGAACGAGACCAUCAUUUUUGGCUACCUCGUCGCCUGGUUCCUCGGUGAUUACGUCUCGCGUCAGCUCACAACGGCCGUCGUCGCCCACUUCCAUGAGUGGCAGGCCGGUCUCGCCAUCCCCCUCUGCCGCAAACGCCACAUCGAUGUCACCACCGUCUUUACCACCCAUGCAACCCUCCUCGGCCGAUACCUCUGCGCCGGCUCCGUCGACUUCUACAACAACCUCCAGUACUUCGACGUCGACCACGAGGCGGGCAAGCGCGGCAUAUACCACAGAUACUGCAUCGAACGCUCUGCUACCCACUGCGCCGACGUAUUCACGACUGUGUCUCACAUUACCGCCUACGAAAGCGAACAUCUCCUCAAACGGAAACCAGACGGCGUUCUGCCCAAUGGACUCAACGUCGUCAAAUUCCAGGCUAUCCACGAAUUCCAGAACCUCCACGCGACUUCCAAGGCGAAGAUCAACGAGUUUGUACGCGGUCAUUUCUACGGCCAUUAUGACUUUGAUCUCGACAAUACUCUCUAUCUAUUUACGGCGGGCAGAUACGAAUAUCGAAAUAAGGGGGUGGAUAUGUUUAUUGAAUCUCUUGCUAGACUAAACUACAGACUGCAAAAGUCUGGCUCUCAUGUAACCGUUGUCGCCUUCAUCAUCAUGCCCGCCGCCACCCAUUCAUACACCAUCGAGGCCCUCAAGGGUCAGGCCGUCACCAAACAACUCCGCGAUACCGUUACGGAGAUCCAGAACCGCAUCGGUGCCCGACUAUUCGACCAUGCCGCUCGGUUCCACGGAGAGGAGAAGUUCAUGCCCUCACCAAACGACCUUCUCUCAGAGGAGGACCAGGUACUACUCAAACGUCGUAUCUUUGCUCUCAAGCGAAACUCGCUGCCACCCGUUGUCACACACAACAUGGCCGACGACGCCAACGACCCGAUCCUCAACCAAAUCCGUCGUGUCAAGCUGUUCAACGAUGCCAGCGACCGUGUCAAGAUUGUUUUCCACCCCGACUUUUUGAACAGCAACAACCCGAUUCUCGGCUUGGACUACGAGGAGUUUGUGCGCGGGUGCCAUCUGGGGGUCUUCCCGAGUUAUUAUGAGCCUUGGGGGUAUACACCGGCGGAGUGCACAGUGAUGGGUGUCCCAUCGAUCACGACCAACCUGUCUGGCUUCGGCUGCUUCAUGCAAGACCUCAUCGAGCAUCCAGAGGACGAGGGCUGCUACAUCAUCGACCGCCGCAUGCAGUCCGUCGAAGACUCGGUCAACCAACUGACCGACCAAAUGUUCACCUUCACCCAGCGGACGAGGCGACAGCGCAUCAACCAGCGCAACCGGGUUGAACGCCUCAGCCCGCUCCUCGACUGGAAGAACCUCGGCAUCGAGUACAGCAAGGCCCGGCAGCUCGCCCUGAGGCGGGCGUACCCCGACCAGUUCUACGGCAGCGACGGCGAGGAUAUCUAUGGAGAGUUCGGCGAGUCCCAGGAUUACUUUGCGGGCAUUGAGAGGAUGAAGCCGGGUAGCAUGCCCGCCAGUCCACGCUUGAGGGGUAUGGCGACACCGGGUGAUAUGGGCACGUUGACGGAGGACAUGCAAGCAUUAAACACCAGCGACUAUCGCGGCCAUGCUUGGCCAGGCGCACACGAAGACGAAGACGAUUCGUAUCCAUUCCCCCUGGUUAUGAAGGUUCGGUCACGCUCGGGUUCAGUGAUGAGUGGAGCUAGUACACCAGGCGGAGGGGCGUUCAGGAGCCUGAGCGAGAGCGACUUGAAGAAGGCAGACGCAGCGCUGAGCCAGGUCAAUGGCGAUGUGAACGGACACAAAUAA